AUGGGAAAUGCAUGGGACGAAUUAUUGGCUCAGAGUGAACCCGUAACCAAUACUAAAGGAACCGUUGCAACAACAGCAGUCAUACAUUCCCUAUCGAGUGAAACAUUACAUCAAUUUACGACCCUUUGUUUUCCAGAGGGAACCAGCUCGCUAUUAGAUACCAAGUUGGUUAAUUUUGCGACGAUAGGGUGGACAAAUGAUUUAGAACAACACUGUAGUUUAGAUGUGUAUACACUGAUUAAAAGUGGUCCCGAUGCAUUAAAUCUCUUGAAACCUUUCCUUCAAGAACGGUCUUCGAAGAUCCACUGGCUCAUAUUGUUAGAUUGGUCAUCAAAUGAUCAACAACUGUGGUUAGGAGAACUAUUCAGCACCUUCAGCAGUAUAAAGCAGUUGAAUGAUGACAAUGAAUUUUCCGUGUGGUGCUUAAACAGUGACAAAAUCUUCAGUUUACAAAGGAACACUACCGUAUGGCAGUCAGCGCAUAUCGACUUCGUUUUGCAAUCAUUAAGAUCGUUUUGCUAUUUUAAUGAUAGCUCAUUGUUUUAUAUAGAUGAACACCGUAAUGAAGAGGAAGAUGAGAAAGCGCUGGGUUUGAAGUAUCAGGAGAUACUGAAACAUGCUGUUGAGGGUAGGGAUAUGGAAGAUUAUAUUGAAAUGGUCAAGCGCAGUAGAAUAUCAAUUCCAAAGGGUUGUGAUUCUAUUGGAUUAAUAAAAACAAUAGACGAAAGAUUCGAGCCCACUGAGGUGGAAGAUGUCCAAUUUUUGACGCGAUACACGAACUUUGUUCCCACAACGGAUGGAAUGAAGGAUGGCAGGGAAAUAUACAAUUUUUAUGAUCUCAAUGAAGCGCAAUCUUUAACUUCUUUCCAGGUUAACAUCCAAGAGGAACUGGGCAAGAUGUUUAUGAAACAUAGGAAGAAUUCGAAAAUAUCAGAAACGAGAAGGUAA